AUGUCAUCAACAAUUCCCAGUGAAGACAAGAAACCUUUAUUGGAUUCUGAAAUGGAACCAGAAGUUUCUGUUAAUAAUAACGAAGAAUUGCCACCUUAUUCCGACAAUGAGAAACAUCUGUUAUUGUCAGAUAAUGAGAAAUGUGACUUGGAAGAAGUUCCAACAAGCUAUAGAGUAACUCGUCAUUCCAAUAAAUUCAAAAGAUUUUGUCAAAUCUUAUCAUUAUUUGGAGUGCUUUAUUUGGUAAACUUUUUGUACAUCAAUCGUGAUGAUUUUGCUCGUGGAAUGUCAACUCAUUUCAGAUUUAACUGUGGUUCCUUGGUUUCGCAGCAACCCCUUCAGGAAACUAAACUUGACCAUCAUCCAAUUUUCAGAAAUUUGAUUGAUGUGGUCGAUACUACUUACUCUGAUCAACAAGAAGGCAAUAACACUGCUAAAGAAAUCAUUUCUGUCACCAAUCCAUACACACCCAAUCCUCGUUAUGGUGAAUCGUUAUACACUACUACUUUGAUCAAGAAUCAUAAAUUUGGUAACAGUUGGAAUCAACCGGCAGUUGUCAAUUUUACUGCACCAUCCAAUAUUUCUUUUGAUGCUGUGGUUUUAACUUUACACACCGAAGUAGAAGGUGUGCAAUUUGAUAGAUUGGCUAAUUUGUUUGUUGAUGGUAUCCAAGUCUGGAGAACUUCAACCAUUGAACCUGGUGGUCGUAAAGUAUUUAGUGAUUUCAAAAAAGAUGUCAGCAAAUAUUCCAAACUUUUCAAAAAAGAGAAUGUACAAAUCUUAUUCCAAUUAGAUAAUUUGGUUACAUCUAAAUUGACAGGUAUUUUUGAUGUUACUUUAACUGCAGAUUUUUACAAGUUCCAUAGACACCCACAUUACCGUGAUGGAAAAAAUGAACACAAUGAAAAACGUUAUGGUCAUGAAGAUAAAUUGAAUGAGUUCUAUGAAGAACAAAAUGAUCAAGAUUAUGAAAAAGAGUUUAUUGAUAGUUUUGAACACCAUAGAGGUGACUUCCAAGAAGAUGAAAAAAACCAUCAUGACGAUCACCAUAAAGAUAAACACCAUAAAGGUAAACACCACAAGGAUGACAAACAUCACAAGGAUAAGGAUGGAAAACCCAAAAAACCAGAACAUCCUCCACAUGAACCACCUCACGAACCACCUCAUGAACCACCUCAUGAACCACCCCACGAACCACCUCAUCAUCCUCCACAUGAACCACCUCAUGAACCACCUCAUAAACCACCCCACGAACCACCACAUGAACCACCUCAUAAACCACCCCACGAACCACCUCAUGAACCACCUCAUGAACCACCUCAUGAACCACCUCAUGAACCACCUCACCAUCCUCCACACCACCCACCACACCACCCACCACAUGAUCCACACGACCCAAACCAUCAUCAUGGAAAGUACCACGAAGAACGUAGAAUUUUCACUGAAGCCAAGCCUGCAGAUGAGAUUUAUCCAUUGACUUUCAACAAGAACCCUAAUCAGGCCCCAGUUGUUUAUCUUGCAUCCAAUAAACUCUCAGUUAAUUUACCAAAAGUUUCCAAAAACACAACACGUUUAACUCUUUCGAUUUUCACUUCUGGUAAUGCUGCAGAUGAAUUUUGGUACACCAACGUUGUUGAUAAAUACAAGGAUAUUUUUGCUGAUAGAGGUAAUCCGUUUAUUGGUAAAGGUCCAGUUAGAGUAGUCAAUGUUUACUUCAAUGGUGAGAAAAUAGCUGCUCAAACUCCGGAACCUGUUAUUUUUACUGGAGGUAUUUCACCAGCUUUAUGGUCACCUGUUGUCUCAUUUAAUGCAUUUGAUGUGCCAUCUAUCGAUGUUGAUGUUAGUGGGUUGUUGCCAUAUCUUUGGGAACAUCAAGCUAUUGAAGACAAAAUUUUAGAAAUUGAAGUUAGUAAUGGGUUGGGUGAAAUUGAUAAAGACACCACCACUUCAGUAAAUGAAAAUUGGGUCACAUCAGCUAACUUGUUAACAUACCAAAAUGACCAAGUUAUUGAUGCUACUGGUGAGGUCAUUAAUAUUGAUAACGAAAGUUCGGAAGUUGUUCUUACGGUUGCACCACCAUACACCCGCUCAUUACAACAAAUCAUCGAUGCUUCCUUUAGUGCUCAAUUGAUCAGUCAGUUUAGUUUGACUUUGAAAAAUAACAGAACUUUGAAUACAACUAUUAGUAGUUAUUCUAAAGCUGAAGUAUCGAAUGUUCAAAGUUAUUCCCGUUCUGGUGAUAUCCAAUCUAUUGUUCAUGCUGGUCGCUCUUCACGUUCAGUUCUUAUUCAAGAUAACGACUCUCCGGAGUCUAAAGAUGUCACUGAACAUAAAUCCAAACACCGUAAAUCAGAAAUUCCAGAAAACACGAUUUCUAUUGUUAACAUUACGUUGAAUUACCCAUUGGUGCUUCAUUUGCAACAAAUCUCAAAAGACAUUGGUUCUGGCGAUGAUUUCUUUGUUGAUUAUGAUGUCAGAUUAGCUCAUUCUAAAUCAACCGAUAUUACAUUUGGUGCUAUCCAUGGUGGUAUUCAUACAACUACUUCUCAAAAUGGUACUUCAAGAUUUUUCUUAUCUUCAAAAGGUAACCAUGGAUUUGGAUCCACUUUUAGCAAGUACAAGUCAAAAAUCAAGUUUGGCCCACAUCAAAGAAAGUAUAAAAGAGUUGUGAAUGCAGUUAAUGGAACUAUUGUUUUGGACAAGUCCAAAUCAGGAAAAGAUGACGAACAUGGGAAAACUCACUUGUCUUCAAUGAUGAAAGCUAUGGAAAAAACAUCAGUUUACAAGAAUGCUUCAGAAAUGUUACAAAGUAUUGUAAAUGCUUCAAAAGCUUCUUUCAAAGAAUUUCUUGGUGCUAAACCUGGAUGCCACGGUAUGAAACAUCAUGAAAAUGAAGAUGGGCAUAAGAAAAUGAAGCAUAAAAUGAGAAAACAUCUAUCCGAUGCUCAUUAG